CUUCUUCUUCUUCUUCUUCUUUUCAUCCUCGCUUCCUCUGACUUACUUCUUCUCAUCCUCUCCGUCAAGUGACAUCCAUCGAGUGGACUGAGAGACUCCCGAGCUGAGCUGAGCUGACCCUGCUUGGCCUGACGACUGACGACUCACGACUGACGACUGACGACUGACGACCCGACGGAGAGACGGAGACCCAAGACCAUGGCGGACGUCGAGCUGACUGCGGACGGCCUCGUUGGCCUCGACUACAGUCCCAGGGCCUACCUCUCGCAUUCCUGGCCAGAGGAGACGACGGCCACUACGACAUCAACAACUUCAGCAGCGACGACAGGGACGAGUGCAACGGCGACAACGGCCUUUGAGGCUGCUGACCCGGGGCUCGUGGCGGAAUGGCACUUUCAACGUCUCCAGCCUCACCUCCAGUUCCACCACCAGCAUCAGCAUCAACAGCAUCAUCAGCAGCAUCACCAGAGUCAACCGGACUACUCUUAUACCACGAUGCCGCUGCAGUCGCCCAUAGGACUGCCCAUGCUGCCCGUCACAGAGACCGAGGUCCAUCACCACAUCGACACUACCACUAGCAUGAUGGACGGCUCGUACAUCCCCCUCUCCACCCCCGUCGACAUGGUCCCCUUCACCUGGCAUGACUUCCACGCUGAACUCGGUGCUUUUCCUCUCGACAGCACAGCUGCUGCUGCUGCUGCUGCUGUCACUACGGCUGCGAGCAUGAGUGGCACAUACCAGGCUGAGACCGGAAGCUCCCCCGUGGACAGCUACCUCGAGGUCCGCUCUCUCACCAGCGCCAGCAGCGACAACGGAUGGACGGCCAUAGACAGAGCUCACUCCAUAGACUCGUCGUCCUUUCAUGACCAUCACCACAGUCACCAGCAGCAGCACCAUCCCAUCUUCAUCAACCCCAGCCAGACCCUGCACAACCGCAGCCUGUCAGAGUCCUCCUUCUCAGACCACCACUCCCUCCACUCCCGCAACUCCUUUGGGUCCUUUGUAGACGUCUCCCUCUCGCCACACAUGCACUCCCCGGGCUCAGAGUCGGCGCUAGAGUUCGACUACGGCCUCCCUUUACCCCGUCGUGUAUCAUGCGACCUCGUCUCCCAUGGCUCCAUCUCCCCGACAGCAGUCAGUCCCAUCGCCAUGGUCAGACCCAUGCCUGUCCUCACAAAGAAGCAGAACGCCUCUUCCUCCUCGCCUUCACGGUCGCCCAAAGCAUCGUCUGCUUCUGGAUCUGGAUCGGGGGCUCAUGUCUCUGCUGCUGGAUCGCCGCCGAGCAGAAAGCCGUCGCGCAAGAGUCCUAUUGCGGCCAAAAAUGCAGAGACCAAGGUCCGCAAGCAGAGCACCGGAGGUAAAGACGGUAGUGGCAACGGCGAGAAGAAGAUCGGUAAGCGGAAGGGCCCGCUCCGGCCUGACCAGCGGAAACAGGCCAGCGAGAUCCGCAAACUCAGAGCCUGUCUCCGCUGCAAGUUCCUCAAGAAGACGUGCGACAAAGGAGAGCCGUGUACGGGCUGCCAGCCAUCGCAUGCCCGGCUCUGGCAGGUCCCCUGCACCCGCAUCGACAUCAAAGAGAUCGGCUACUUCAUGAAAGACUGGAAGGCCGACUACGAGCGUCAUGUGACCCUGGGCUUCUCCGUCGGCAACAUCACCGGCUUCUCCGACCAGGAACGCACCCUCUUCAUCACCCACGGCUACGGCCAGGUCCUCCCCGUCAAGGCCAGAGAGGUCUAUGUCCACGAUGAAGAGUGCUUCAACCUCGACUGGGUCGAGACCAUGAGCCGGCCCGCCAACCACUACGACCUCAAGACCGCCAAGCUCUCCGCCGGCAUGGAAGGCAUCUCCACCGCCAUGCUCUCAGACUACCUCGACCGCCACAUCGACGGCAACGGCAGCUACGAGGGAUUCGUCGACGAGUACUUCGCCGGCACUCCCUUUCUCACCCAGAUGCUCAAGACUGCCUACCGCUUCUACUUCCGCACCAAGCUGCCCGUCAUCCGCAAGGCCCUCAAGCUCACCCUCGCCUACAACCUCACCAUGCACGUCACCAUGGUCGAGGGACUGGGCGAGCUCGAAGAAGAAGCCUUCUCGGGCAAAGUCGAGGACUCCGACAGCCACUACAGGGGCAAAGUCAUGGCUCCCGUCAUGAUAAACUUCCAAGUCAAGUGCGCCAUGGCAAACAUGUGGCGCGAGCUCCAAAAGGACGUCCUCGAGGAACUCUCCGCCCUCUACUCCAGCGUCUACAGCGGCGACAAGCUCAAGAACUGGCCCAUCAUCUUCAUGCUCGCCACCAUCCUGCUCGCCGUCUGGGAGGAAAUGCAGUUCGACUGCCACUACCGCGUCCAGGAUCCCGUCGCCGUCACCAAAUUCUGCAACGACAUGGAGUCCAUCCCCGUCGGUGUCAUCGUAGGCUUGUUCCAGGCCAUUUCGCAGAAGCUUCCCGCCUUCACGGACUGGGACACCGCGCAGCACCAGCAGAUCUUCAACUUCAACUCGGACGUCUGUGCGGCCAUGACAGAGGUGCGUGGUCAUGUACGGCAGUACGAGUCCUAUCUGCGCGGACGCAACGAGACCUCCGUGUUUGACCGGGAAGACUUUGACUGCCUUUCGAACAAAUUCGUUAGUCGUUUGGUGAUACGUGCCAAUUGACUAGCCGACUCUGACGAUCGGGGGCCGCGCGACAAGCGUGAGCGACGCCGGAAAUGGGGCUGGGUCGGCGAGCGGCCCCCCGCGAGAGUGAAAAAGAUGAAACUUGCCGACCUCGAGAUGCGCAGGGGUGUUCUCGUCUCGUAGCACUCCACCUUUUAACCCUCUGAUCGAUUUACUUACGGAUGAUGAUGAACGAAGUCCUGUUUUAUGAUGAUCAUGAUGAUGAACCGUCUUGCGUUUCGUUCCGUUGCAUCCCCCCGUCUACCCCCUUAUAGCACUGUUGACCGUUUCCCAGCCAGUCAUACACAACUACCUAGAUGAGAAGCCCUUCUCAUCACGCAUCACGUGUCACGAUUUAAUCCGUCAUUCUUUCACGACCCUCUACGUCUUGUCUAUUUCUACUCAUCUUGCAAGUCCAGUUUUCUAUCCACCUCACGGGAUAUAUGUGUACUGUUAUCUUACUCCUGCUGUUCGUCGGCUAUUUGGUUAUCUCUUUUCCUCUUUGCUUUCCUACUUGUUUUUUUUACCUUUCACUCCCCGUCGCCUUCGCCUCUGCCCAUGCGUAGGCUAGACGGGUCGAGUUGAACCCCCCAUACACAAUCCUGAAACUGGUCUAUCCUGUCCUGAUCUUGAGGCUUCACCUUUUUAAUCCUUCUUAUUCUUCACCUUGCUGUGUUUUUUGACUAUUGCCUUUUUUUUACUGUUUGCGUUCAGUUUGAUUCCCGACUGACGAAGAGAUGAGAAAAGAAAAAUUUGGUCCUGAUGCGGAUCGAUGAACGAUUUGAUUUACUUAUCUGCCUACUUACCUACUUAUGAUCUGAGAUGAAGUGAGAGAAAGAAGAAUUGCUUUUAUUUUUAUUUUUUUGGAGUUAUUUAAUAAUGAUUAAAUCUUGCUAUGGAUAACUACUCACUUAUAUAACUGCCUGCUGAUGUAUUUACGCGGCCACACAUACUGACUUUCCCUCCUUGUCUUACUCUCUUGCUUCCCUAGCAUAUUGCAUCUCGGGUCCUAGCUAUCUCUGCAUCAAUCAAUGUUCACUUCCAUAAUACUGACUUACUACUGACUUACUACUUGCUUCACUUCGGCGUCUUUGAAGUCAUGCCACGUGACCUCUACGUCAUCUGCCGAGGCUGAAGCCUGGCGGUGGCUUGUUUUGCUGACUCAUCACUUCUCGACAUCUGAUUGGUUCUCGCACCUUCCAGCAACUUCUGCCUCCCCUGGCUUCCGCUUUCGGCCUUAGCGCG